UUUCGACACCGACUGGAUUACGUCACUGAAAUCGAGUGCGGGAUCCAACCUUCGCGGGGACCAAUUCAUGAGUCGGGUUGUGUCUUUCACAGAUAGACGCAACCGACUAGCGGUACGAGAAGCACUGAGAACAUUCGUUGUAAUUUGCGCUCUUAAGUUGAUGUUGAAUUUUUUUAGACGGUGGGGGUCGUGGUCAACAAGUGGUCGAGCCUCUCGGAACCUCCCACAACAUUCGAUAACUUUCGAUCGCCAAACCCUUCGUCGUCCUUACGACCAGGUCAUCGGAGAAGCAAUAGAAGUGUGAUAAACGGUGGGAAGAGGUGCUACAAUGCGGCGGAGGUGGGUACGACGGCGGAGAGCGUGUUUGGGACACCAAAAAUAAACCAACCCACUGUCGAUGGCGGCCGAAAAUAGCGAUCGUUCUCGAUCGUGCGCGAAAGGAUUAGUGCGGCGCCCAAGUGUUGGUGUGCGUCAGCGAAGACCGGGCCGCCGUUGGUGUUGGUCAUGGCCUCUCGGUCGCCAUCCACAACUCGAACCCCAGUGUGGCUCAGUCGGAAGAUAGUCCGGUACCGGAUCGGAUGUAACAACUCUUCGAGUGAGUGAGGGAAGUGCUUUUCGGGGUUUCUUUUUUUUGAGCGGAAGUGAAACUGAAGGUUCGUGGCAAUGGAUGAGACGUACAGGGUGUUGGAAAGUCCGGAGCUGGGGCGCUACGGUGUGGCGGCCCGGGACUUGCGUGCCGGUGAGCGGCUCUUCGUCGAGCUUCCGUUCGCGAUCGGCCCGAAACUCGACAGUCCACCGCUCUGCCUCGAGUGCUGCUGUCCCGUCGAUGGCGGAGACAGUGGGCCACGGUGUCCACGUUGCGGUUGGCCACUGUGUGAGGACUGUGCCGCGGUUCUAAGCACGCCCGAGCUAGCCACUUACCAUCGCGCCGAGUGUGCGGUGUUUGCGGAAAAGUGCAUCCGGUUUCAGGCAGUGGAAGACUCGACCGCCGGUUGUGUGCAGCUUGACUGUAUCACACCGUUGAGGGUUCUGCUGGCCGCGGAAGUGGACCGGGAGCGGUGGGAGCGUGAGAUCGCCCCGAUGGAGUACCAUGGCGAAGCGCGACGCGAUGAGGCCAAUUGGACGGUUGAUGAGCAUAACAUCGUCGAGUUUCUGCGAGGACCCUGCGGACUGGCAGACCGGUUCUCUGCGGAACUGAUCCAGCAGGUGAUCGGGCUGCUGGAUGUGAACGCGUUCGAGGGUCGCACCUGCAAUGGAUACAGCGUGCGGGGCCUGUACCCCCAGCUGGCCAUCAUGGCACACAACUGCGUACCAAACGUGGUCCACUCGAUCCAUCCGAGCGAAGACUUCAGAUUGGAAGCACGCAUCGCGGUGGAUGUGGCCGACGGCGAGACGCUAUAUACGACCUAUACCUACACGCUGACCGGGACAGUCGCUCGCCAAUCGAUCCUGAAGGCCAGCAAGUUCUUCACGUGCCUCUGCGCACGGUGCGUCGAUCCGACCGAGCUGGGCACACACUUUAGCUCACUACUUUGCAGCAAGUGUGUCGGAGGACUAGUCGUGUCCACCAAUCCCAUAGAUGAGCAGGCCGACUGGAAGUGUGGUCAUUGUGAUUUCAAAAUAGCGGGUGCCAUCGUCCAGAAGGCCGUCAUCACGAUGCACAACGAGCUGGACGAGUUGGUGUGCCUGGAGUACGAUGCCGGACGGCUGGAAGCGUACGAGCGGCUAUAUAAAAAGUUCCGCACUGUGUUACAUCCACUCCAUUUCAUCAACACCGCGAUACGGCACAGUUUGAUCGAGCUGUACGGCCGAAUUCCCGGGUACGAGAUGGCCGAGCUACCGGAUGUGCUGCUCGAGCGCAAGGUUGAGCUGUGCCGGGAUGUCCUGCGCGUGCUGGACGUGUUCGAACCGGGUAGAUCGCGUUCCAGAGCCAUGGUGCUGUAUGAGCUCCACGCUCCGCUGAUUGUGCUGGCCCAGUCCGGCUUCGCAAGGGGCGAGGAAAAGCGCGACGGCAAAACGUUAAAGCAGCAGCUGACGGAAGCGGCCACGAUACUGGAGGAGUGCGGCAGCAUCCUGGAGUGGGAGGACCCGACCACGCCGGAAGGCAUCCUGGCGAACGUGGCCAAACAAUCGCUGUUACAGCUGCAGCAAAGUAUCGACAGCCUGGACUAGAAGCGAUGAUCGAUUGAUGUGAUGUACCUACACCGCGUUUCAGCGCGAAACACUCGCUCGCACCGGCAAGCGUUAGAAGUGAUUGCUUAGUGUCUAGCUUAGUUCUAUGGUAAUGUUUCCUACGAUACUCCAUUUGUUCCAUGCGUUUAUCCAAUGAUCACGGUUUAAUUAAUGUACAAUAAAAGGAAUGCAAA